AUGGAAGCAAUCGCUACAAAUGUAUUUAUUGCAUCAUCAAUUAUUGAUACUGAUGCAUUACAAGAAGUAUCAUCAAAAGCUGGUGGAAUUACUUUUGAUACAGGAACAAGAAAUGAUAGAACAGGUUCUGAUGUAUCACCAACAAAUUCACCAUCAGAUGGACUAACUGGUAAAUCAAAUAGACCUACGGAUGGCGAACAAGGACUACCAAACACUAAUCCACAUCGGUUGAAUCUUAUGGAAAUGUUAAACCAGUUGCGGAUGAACCAAUUAGUCCAAUACCAGCCGAUGAAGAACCGAAGACUUCAGCACAUAAUGAAAAUAACAAUAAGGGAAGGAUUUCUACAUAGCAAGAAGCCAAAGAAAGAUGAUACCAGUGAUACAAACAAUAAUGAGGUAACAAAAGAUACCACCACUUCUGAUACAACUAUGAGACCAGUUACAGGAGCAUCAAAUUCAACAGUACUUGGAUUUGGUUUGCAUUCAUUUGGUGGAGGAGGUGGAAGUGGUUAUGUUGAUGAUACCAAUAACAAAAUAACAGCAGUUACGUUAAAAACUACAGGUCAAGAGACAAUUACCAGUAAGGAAAGUGGAAACGAUUUGAAAAUUGCCGCCGAAGAAGGAAUUGGCGGAGCAGAAGUCGCGAUAACUACUAGUACGGACGGUGAUGAAAAAGAUAUCACCAGUACCACUAAAAUUGUGAAGAUCACCACGACAUCAUCAGAUGACGGAGUAGAACACAUUACUAGAACAUUACCAGUUGAAUGA